UCACCACGGGAGACGUUCCUUCUUAUGGAACGACAAUGGCGUUGGAAAAAAUGGUGGUGGAGCAGCCUCGCUGUAGGUCAAAGGUCAUUCAUUUACCACCAGGUCCACUACUGAUGGUGCCUCAGGACGAGUGUGUUGUCUCUCUCUCUCUCUCUGUUUUCGGGUCAGGGAGGGGUUGAGGGUUUUGUGUGGGCAGCCCUCCCUCCCCACACCAGGGAAGUAGGUGAAAGGGCCCGAGCAAUGGAAGAGCAGCAGAUGAUCAUGCUCACUUCACAUGAUUCCCUCUACGUAGUCUGAUUAUGUGGAUGAAUGGCUGAAUCAAUCCGCUUCAAAGCAUCGGUUGGAGAAAAUGUACACAGUCUAACACAUGUGCAGCAUGGAUGUUGAGGAGCUCCACUCAUCAGACCUCGGGGGUGAAUUCCAGCCUGCUCUUUUGGGGACAGGUGACAUGGAGGCUGUGGAGGCUCUGAUGUCCAUGAAUAAGCACCGGGAGACCAGGGGCUUCAGGCUGAGUCGCUGCAGGCCCCUGACUCCGUCCUCAGACUACUCGGAGGAUGACGCUGUCGCCUUUGGGGCCGCCACGCUUCGGGACUCUCUUUCGUGCAUGACGCCGCCAUACAGUCCACCCAACUUCGAGGCCUCCCACUCGCCCUCGGCUGCGACCUCGGUGUCGUGUCCGAGCUGGCAGCCGACAGAGGAGACUCGCCUCCAUGUGCGCACUGCCGCCGCCGCCGCUCCUCAGCGCCGCUUCCGAUGUGCCAGUGUGAUCCGUCACACUUCAGAUUGCGUUGGUCGCCGCGUCCCCGGCACGGACGGGCCGGCGCAAACUCGUACGAAAGGCCCUCAAAGGGAGUUGAGCUGUGAACGCUGGCUGAGCGACGUGGAGCAGUCCAACUCUGCUGCAGCGACGCCACCGAACUCCCUGAAAACGGCCGUGCCGCAUGUGGCUGAAGCCCGCCGGCUGAGUCCGUUAGGCCCGCUUGACACACCCAUCACGUCUACGGCUGUCUCUCCCGUGCCCGUCUACUGCCACAUCCUCCCCUUUUCCUGUCCUGCCUCCGCCGGUCGCCAGCAGCACCUGAGCCCGACGCCGCCAACCCGCGCGCUACGACAGCAAGGCCAAGCUUGUCCCGCCAAAGUCUUCGUCCUUGGAGGCCAGGUGGCCAAGGGCCCUGUGGUGCUGCUCGUCCCCCGGCCAGUUGCCCCAGCCCUCUUCGUCCAGCCGGCACCGGUGACCGCCACCGGCGGUGGCAAGCUAUUGGCCAUCGCGCCGGCGCCCCGUCGCGUCCCAUCGGAGCCAAGAGGGACCCCGCUGCGGCCAGAGGCGUCCCGUGCACGCAGCCAUGUUUGUCCCCGCGAAGACUGCAGCAAGACCUACUUCAAGAGCUCCCACCUCAAGGCCCACAUGAGGACACACACGGGUGAGAAGCCCUUCAAGUGCAAGUGGGAGGGCUGCGAGAGGCGGUUUGCCCGCUCCGACGAGCUGUCCCGCCACCGGCGGACGCACACGGGGGAGAAAAGGUUUGCCUGUCCUGCGUGCCUCAGCCGCUUCAUGCGAAGCGACCACCUCGCCAAGCACGCCCGGCGGCACCUAGCGAGAGGAGGACACCCUGCUGGGCAUUGAAAGUCAGCCAGUCCGCUGACCUCGACAAGAUCCCGCUGACCCAGCGCCGUGCAGACUGCGCUUUGGACUGUGGAGCCUCGCAGAGCAGUGGCUUCUUGUUUGCUUUUCUACAUGUCACCUGUCAGCCAAUGACAUCUGCUUUUAAUGAGCAUAGCCGAGUACGAGAAAAGUGACUAGAUCGUUUACAUUUGACUUCAAACUACUGCGUCCCUCAAAAGGAUCAUUUACACUGAAAUGAUCAAGGUUUACUAUUUACAGAUGAGCGCUUUGCACCUUUACCUGCCGGUGAUGUUCAACCAAAGAAUGUUUCAUAUUGCUCAUUUGUGCUACACCAGUAUCUAUUUUUGCUUAAAAAGUCUAUUUUGCACAACUCUGUUUGUUACAGGGACAUUACAAAUCUUUGUUACACUGGAACAAGUGUAUUUUCUUUGUUGUGUGUAAUCAAAGCCUUUAUUUCUGUUCAGUUCCUACGUGGUUUCGACUUGACACAUUUAGCUGCUCCAACCGAAGCCGUUUAUCUUCUCAUCAUUUUCCAAGAUUAGAAUGGGAUGAGGUCAUGAAUAUUAAUAAAAGACAGCCGCAGUGGUUCACAA